AUGUAUUUUGGUCAUUUUCUUGAAUUUAAAACGAUUUUUGCAAAUGAACCUAAUUCUUGGAAAGUUUUUCAGAAACAUUAUGAAGAGUUGUUUGGGAAUGCAGCUCAAAAUGGGUGGCAGACUUCACCUAAGGCUAAAUAUCAGCGAGAGACCGAUAGCGAACAAGUACUGUGA